AUGUUAUCGACUGAUGAUUCAACGUCAAUGACUAAUAGUACGAAUUCACCUCCAGACCAUAUAGAUGACGUUUCGAUUUUAUCAAAUGAUGAAGAACUAGGAGACGAUGAAGAUCAAGCAUCUGAAGAUGAUGAAAUGAAUGAUGAAGUUGAUGUUGAUAGUGACGACGAAGAAGAAGAAAUAGCACCAGUUCAAUCAAGAAAUAAUAGUAUGACGAUACCAAAUCCAAUUCCUUCCGGAUCAAAUUCCAGUCUUAAUUCAUUAUUAGAGGAGGAUAUAAAUAAUUUAUUUUCCAAAGUAUCAACAAAGUUCUUAGCCGGUGCUUCACAUAAGUUAGAUAUAAACGAUUCACGUUUAUUACUGAUAACUUUACAUUUUUUUACGGAUUUUAUUGAAACUGAAACAUCAUGUCAAUGGCAAAUUUGCAAUAAAAAACCGUUAACGUGUCAAAUAUCAAUUGAUAAAAAACACUAUCUUGAUGAACAAGUUACUGUUAAAUGUGUUUAUCAAACUUGCGAAUGUCAUCCAGCUAAUGCAUUCAGAGUUCCAUUCAUAGAACGACUUAUUCGUGAUUUUUUUGAUAAAAACCGAAUUCCAUUGGAAACAUUGAAAUAUAGUCGUGCUGCUUUUGAUCCUGUUUUACGUCUAAAAUAUUUCUUAGAUAUUCUUCCUCCAUCAAAACGAACCCAUUAUGAAGGAAUGUUACUCAAUUCCAAUGAUGACACAUUAUUAAAUGAAUUACUUGCUUUUGAAAUUCUUGAAAAUAAUCAGAGAAUAGCUCAAAAACUACAAUUAAUUAAACCACCUCGUAAUUCUUCAUCAGAUACAACGAAACAUUAUGAUCUUCUCAAUGAAAAACAUUUACCAACACUUAAUUAUGGUUAUCUAGUUCAAUUUUGUUAUUAUUUCGAAUAUCGUUUAAGAAACUUAAACUCACUAUGUGUUAUGUGUGGAAAACGUACAGUUAAUUUAAAUGAUAACAAAAAGACUUCAAAACCAACAAUUUGUGAUGAUUAUGAAUGUUUUAGCAAUGCAAUGGAUUCAAAAUUUCGUAAUGAUCCACUUCCACCAUCAAUAUUUUCAAUUGAAAUUGCAGAUUUUCUUCUUCUACUACUUAUUGCCGCAAUAAGAUCAACACGUCAUGGAUUAAUUCUUGAUCCUUAUCCGAAAUUAAUCAAUCCAUAUAAUACAUCAACAACAUUAAUUGAUCAAGAUGGAGAUAAAGAACAAAAUAUUAAGACAUUAAGAGAAAUUAUCGAUGGUAUAAUAUCAAUGGGAUCGAUCACACAAUAUGAAGUUGAUAGAAUAUCAUUAAGAAGUACGUUGGAAUUAAAACAUCCAUGGGCCUUUUCAUUUUUUCAUUGGUUGAUGGGAACAAAUCGAUAUCAUUUCUCAGCAAUUCCAACAGCACAUCGAAUGAAAUCUGUUCAAACAGAUUAUCAAUAUUUUAUAAAACAUGAAGAUAUUGUUAAACAUGUUAAUUUUAAAAGAUUACGAGAUGAAAAAGGAAGUAUAUUUGCUUUUCAUGGUUCACCACAAGAAAAUUGGCAUUCAAUUCUUCGAUCAGGUUUACAAAUUGGAAAAGGAGGAUAUUUAUUAAAUGGUGCAGCAUAUGGUGCAGGUAUAUAUGUUUCACCUAGCUUUGAUUUUUCCACAUCAUAUGUACGAAAUACUCGUUAUUCUCAACCGGAAUCAACUGGUGGUAACAAUUAUAGUUAUGGUAAAGAAAUUGCACCAUUGGAAAGACAAAGUUGGGGUUGUAUUGCUUUAUGUGAAAUCAUUGAUUCGCCAGAUGUAUACAAGAAACAUUCAGCCGAUAUUUGGACAAUUCAAGAUCCAAAUUUAAUUUGUACAAGAUUUAUAUUUUUUUAUCCGUCCGGAAUAUGUCACACAUCAAUUCGUGUUGAUAAUGCUGCAGAAGCAGCAUCAAUACGACAACUUAUUCAUACAUUAAAUAAUACUGCUUUCAUAAAAACAAUAAAAAUAAAUUUGUUUUUUCUUUUUACCAAUGGUGGAGUUGCUGUUGGUACAGUUGCUGCAUCUGAUAUUGGUCUUCAUGGUACAAUAGUUAUUGGUACACUUGCUGGUAUGAUAUCAGUUUUAGGUUUUGAAUAUCUUUUACCUAUAUUAAAAUAUAAACGUAUUCAUGAUACAUGUAGUGUAAACAAUUUACAUGGAAUGCCUGGAAUAAUAUCUGGCAUUGCAGGAAUUAUUGUUGCUUCUAUUGAUAAUCGUUCAGGUUAUUUAAAUCAUUUAACAGAUCAAUGUCUUGGUGGUGGAGUAUCUCGAAGUAAUAGUACUCAAUCAGCUUAUCAAGCGGCUGCACUUGGACUUACAUUGGGUAUGGGUAUUAUUGGUGGACUUAUAACAGGUGUUAUAUUAAGAAUACCAAUUUUCUCUCAAAAAGAUAAUGAUUUUGUUGAUGAAGAAAAUUGGCAUUUACCUGAAAAUGUUCAUGAAAUUUUUCCUAGAAAUGAUUUAUAUGCAGAUACUUCAAAAUAUCAUUCACCAACAUAUUUAUGA